UUCGGGGCGCAGCUGUCUCGGGACUCUGCAGGCACGGGACGGAAACAACCUAGCACUCCCAACACCCCGAUCGCAGCAUCCGACGACCGCCCGCGAGGCCAUCAUCGCGGCGCAUGCGCUUGUCUCAGAAAACCGCUCCGCUGUUGGUUUCCCGCCCAACGUCACGAUGCAGUGAUCGCCAACGCAAGAUCUGUCGCUUUCCUCGAGAGAAGAAUGGAGAGGCUCGGCCUGCACGCAAAUGACCCCCGCUGGUCCUCGAUCCCGACCGACCUGCUCCUCGCCGAGCUCUCGAGACGCGAUGACGCCAGCAACCGCCCCGCGUGCGGCUCCGGGAAGAAGGGCUCCUACGACACGGGCAUCCAUGUGUUUGCGCUCUUCCUGAUCCUCACCCUGAGCACGCUGGCAUGCGGAUUCCCCAUCUUCUCCCAGCGCCUGACCAAGGGCAGCCGCCGGCAGCGCAACAUCAUCUUCCUCUGCCAGCACUUCGGCACCGGCGUGCUGAUGGCCACCGCCUUCGUCCACCUCCUCCCGACAGCCUUCAACUCCCUGACCGACCCCUGCCUGCCGCACAUCUUCAGCAAGGGAUACCGCCCGCUCGCCGGCCUCAUCGCCAUGGUGUCGGCCCUCGUGGUCGUCGCCCUCGAGUCGUACCUCACCACCCGCGGCGCCGGCCAUUCCCAUUCGCACCAUCCCGUCUGGGAGGAUGAUGACGACACCGGCGACAGCGACGCGCACAGCGGCGCGCCCACGCCGGACGACACACCCGCUGACGGCUCGGCAGCCCGCCGUGCGCGCCGCGAUCGGCCGGCCAGCAUCAUCGCCCUCGACGACCUGGAGGCGUCGCAGGGCCUGGUCUCCGGGGCCUCGCCUCUUGCGGGCUCUACGCCGACGAUGGCGCCCGCGAGGGAGGGUCUGCUGAAGGGCGGUGCGAGCGGGGCGCGCAAGUCGCACGACCACAACGACGACGAUGAUAGGGAGUCGCUGGACCUGGAGCUUAGCUUCGAGGAGCUGCGGGGGCCAGACGCAGAUGCUGGUGCUCCGCAGCGCAAGCUCGAGCGGACUCUCUCCGCUCUGGAGCAUGUGCCUGGGCCCGAGGAGCAGAAACGCUUGAUGCUGCAGUGCGCGCUGCUCGAGGCCGGCAUCCUGUUCCACAGCAUCUUCAUCGGCAUGGCGCUGUCCGUGGCGCAGGGUCCGACGUUUGCCGUGUUCCUCAUUGCCAUCUCUUUUCACCAAUCCUUCGAAGGCCUCGCCCUCGGCACGCGCAUCGCCGCCCUGCACUUCCCCCGCUCGUCCCCUCGGCCCUGGCUCAUGGUCCUGGCCUUUGGCGCCACCACCCCGCUGGGCCAGGCAAUCGGCCUGUUCGUCCACCGCUUCUACGACCCCAUGAGCCAGACCGGCCUGCUCAUGGUGGGCUUCAUGAACGCCAUCUCGAGCGGGCUGCUGCUGUUUGCCGGCCUGGUCCAGCUGCUGGCCGAGGACUUCCUGACCGAGAAGAGCUACACCACCCUGAAGGGCCGCCGGAGGGUGAAUGCCUUCCUGGCUGUGGUGAGCGGGGCCGGCCUGAUGGCCGCGGUUGGCGCGUUUGCUUGAGGCGCUUCUGGGCCGGAUGGGGGAGGGGGAGUAUGCUUUUACAUGCAUUUGCAUCGUCAAAUACCGGGGUUGGCGUUCGUGGGCGUUUUCAGGGUCUGGCGGCAUUUCUAAUUUCUCAUCUAUCUGUCUGUUGGCAAGAACCGCAUCCAACUCAUGACUCCACGGUCUGAGUCCGGCCAGUCCAUCCCCGGGCCUCUUGUGUCCCUGUCCCAGCUCCAACACUCUCCUCCCGUCUUCUU